AUGGCUGCAGGAAAUCAUUCCACAGCAACUGAGUUUGUGUUAGUGGGUUUAACACAACAGCCAGAACUCCAGCUGCCUUUCUUCCUGCUCUUCCUGGGAAUCUAUAUAGUGGCAGUGGUGGGGAACUUGGGAUUGAUUCUCCUGAUUGCAGUAAGCCCUUUGCUUCACACCCCCAUGUACUUCUUCCUCAGCAGCUUGUUCUUCAUCGAUCUCUGCUAUUCCUCUGUGAUUACCCCCAAAAUGCUGGUGAACUUCUUAGGGAAGAAGAAUAUGAUCUCUUAUUCUGAAUGCAUGGCACAGCUCUUUUUUUUUUUUUUUUUUUUUGUAGUUUUUGUAGUGGCUGAGGGUUACCUCCUGACUGUGAUGGCAUAUGAUCGCUACGUUGCUAUCCGUAGCCCCCUGCUUUACAACGUGAUCAUGACCCCUCGGGUCUGCUCACUGAUCGUGCUAGUUGCCUUCAUCCUGGGCUUUCUCUCUGCCAUGGCCCAUUCGAGUGCCAUGAUGAAACUGUCUUUCUGCAGAUCCCACAUCAUCAGCCAUUACUUCUGUGAUGUCCUUCCUCUCCUCAAUCUCUCCUGCUCCAACACACACCUCAAUGAGCUUCUGCUCUUUAUCAUUGCGGGAUUUAACACCUUGGUGCCCACCCUAGCGGUCUUCAUUUCCUACGCCUUCAUCUUCUACAGCAUCCUUCGCAUUCAAUCCUCAGAGGGCCGAUCCAAAGCUUUUGGAACUUGCAGCUCUCAUCUCAUGGCUGUGGGGAUCUUCUUUGGGUCUAUCACAUUCAUGUAUUUCAAGCCCCCUUCCAGUAACUCCCUGGAACAGGAGAAGAUGUCCUCAGUGUUUUACACCACGGUGAUCCCCUUGCUGAACCCUUUAAUAUACAGUCUGAGAAACAAGGAUGCAAAGAAAGCAUUGAGGAAGGUUUUGCUGAGGAAAUGA